AACUCUGGCCCAGUGAAUCAUAAGAAGAGAUGCUUUUGAGGGUGUUUUGGUGACUUGCUUUUCAUGGCACCUUGAUCUCACCCUGCCAGCAUCUGACACGAUUGAGAUUCAGCAGUGGAGGAGGCACACCUGAGAUAAGGGACAGGUGUAACGGGGUGGUUCUGGCUUCUUCCUGAUUGGAAAUCUCGUGCUGCAGUGGGAAUCCUGUACUGGGAGGUGGCUGUGGGAGCUGUGUGGAUGGUGGGUAAAGGAGGCUAUCAGGAACUGCCUGGUUGAGGGGUGAAGGGGCCAGUUCCCUUCUCUGUGUGUCUUUAACCCCCAUGUUGCUGCUUGCUUUGCUGAUGUGGACACCAGCCUAUCUGCAGCAGUGGGUGCAGGAGGGGUGAUUGCCUUACUAUCACUCUGGGGGGCUGCUGUGUCUGUGCUGGGGAAGAGCUGUGGAUGGGGUUGCUUCAGGGAGCCAAGGCUUGUGUGCAGCUCGUGCUGGGAGGUGAGCUGAUAGGAUGUGAAAUGUUUCCACAGCUCAGGUGAAUGUGCAUUGCUGUGUCCUGGGGCAGCCCAAGCAGCUCUGUGGCCCUGUUUGGAUGUUGCCUGUUCCAUAGUGGCUCAUUUCCAUAGUUCUCUUGGAGGACUUAAUCCACCUCCGGGGCUGUGCUGUGGCCUGUUGCAGGUGGUGGCUGGGUUCCUGCAUGCUCAGUGGGGCAGGGCUGCCGGCCUUCAGGCUGUGACUCAUCCUGGAGGUUCAUCCUGCUCCUCCGCCUGCUCUCCCAGUGUCUCUCCUGCUUCCUCACCACGCACCAGGACCCUCACUGCCGCCACCAUCAUCAUCAUAGGCGAAGCUGCUCUGUCCCUUCUGUGCAGAGAAGGUGCUGGGGCAAACGGGGGAGCCUGAGCUGCCCCUGUGCUCUGCCGGCUGCCCUGCAUGGACGCUGGGAUGCAGAAUGGGGCUGAGGCAUCACUGGAGGGAUGCCUGAUGGCUGAGGAGCUGGAGGAGAAGCAGCGCCCGGUGGCGCAGUGGACGGUGGCCGAGGCUGGCGCCUGGCUGGCGGCACGCAGCGGGGCCGGGGAGCUGGUGGAGCUGGCACAUGAGCACGAUGUCUCGGGCCGGGUCCUGCUGCGGCUGACGGAGGGGACCCUGCGGCGCAUGGGGGUGACCCCGCGGAGCCGGCGCCGGGACCUGCUGCGGGAGCUGCUGCAACUGCGGCUACAGCAGGAACUCGAGGAGCUGCUGAGCACCGUUGGCAAGUGAAGACAGUGUCACUGCGGAUGUCCUGGAGACUGCAGGAGGACAGAUGGUGCCAUGGGAGGACAAAGCAGUACCUAGGACUGAGCACUUGAUGCAGGAGCAGUGCUGGAGGAAGCCUUGAGGUGACUUUGUCUCCCCUGGAGAAGCCCAAAGCUGGCUGGAAGAGGUGGCCACAGGGCCCCAGGUGGCACAAGUUGAAGGGUGGCUGCUGGCUCCCAGGGCGUCCUCUUGGCUCUGGCACGAUGGGGCACUCUACCAGCCCUCCCCCCGUCUCCGAUCCUGCUGCAACCAUGAAGCAGCCUGGCCUCAGGAGUGAUCCUCCAGUCUGUCUGUGGCGUAGGGCAUAGGGGGACAAGUUCCCAAGUUGCUGUGUAGAGGAACCUGUCUCCUUGGUGCCCUGGGGCUGGCAGGAGCAGGGCAGCAGAGCCCAGAACAGAACUGGUCUUAAUAAACAUUGUCCUGGUAAGUCCA